AAAUCGUGUAAAAAUCGCCCCGAGCAGCAGGAGAUGCUGGCGGCCUUCGCCAUGCAGUCGGGCAUGAACCUCGAGUGGUCCCAGAAGUGCCUCCAGGACAACGACUGGGAUUACGGCCAGGCCGGGCCAGGUCUUCACCCAGCUCAAGCUGGAAGGGAAGAUUCCGGAAGUCGCUUUUCUCAAGUGAACGUUGGAGCUCCCCGCCCCCCUCCCCGGGCCCCGGUCCCGUGUUCGAGUCCUUUCGAUGCCCCCGAGUUUUGUAAAUAAACCGAUCGAUUAUUGAUUAUUGAUUAAUUAA